AUGGAUGAAGCUGGAGCCGCAAUCUCUCUCUUGGGAGAAACGAGAUACACUCUCGACGGCUCGGCCAAGCCCCUGUCUUACUUCUUCACGACCAUCCUACUCAUCAUAUUUGUUUACUCCCUCCAGGGAACAAAGCUCAAUACCCCAUCAAUCAACCAGAAGAGAAGAUUCGAACUUACGGACAGCCGCCCCAAAAGGAACUACCUCCUCAACGCGAGGAAGUUGAUGCAGCAAUGGUUUACCGCGAAUCCAAAUAAGCCCACACAGAUGAUCACGGAUAUGGGUAAUACUAUUGUGCUGCCUCCCUCGAUGGCAAAUGAAAUUCGCAACCAUAGUGACUUGAGCUUCACCGCGUUCUCUCAAGAGGUUAAGAAAUCCGUCCCUGAAUGCGAAUCGUAUGACAGAAGACGAAGAGAUACUGACAACUCCAUGGCCCAGUUCUUCCAAACGAAGUAUCCUGGCUUCGAUGCAUUCGCAGAGGGAGGACAUGACAGCAUUACACUAGUCGUCAUCAACAAAGACCUAACCAAGCAGCUAGCAAAGGUCACCGAGCCUUUAGCUGAAGAGGCCUCCCUGGCCCUCCUGAAGAUAUUCACAGCAGAGAAAGAGUGGCACUCUAUUCCCAUGCGCGCAACACUGCUCCACUUCAUCGCCCGCAUCUCUUCCCGCGUCUUCCUUGGCACCGAACUCUGCCGAAACGAAGCUUGGCUCGAAAUCACCAAGAACUACACCCUUAAUGGCUUUACUGCCGGUGACCGGCUUCGCGAAUACCCUCCAUUCCUCCGACCCAUAGUACACUGGUUUCUCCCCGGAUGCCAGGAAGCGCGGAGACAGAUCAAGGCAGCCGCCAAGAUCAUUCAGCCCAUCAUUGACGAGCGGAAGGUCCUCAAGGCCAAGGCGGUCGCCGAGGGCAGACCGGAGCCUGUGUACCAAGACGCCAUCGAAUGGUUCGAGCAGGCUUCCAAGUCCAAAGGUACUGCGUAUGACCCUGCUUUGAGCCAGCUGUUCCUGUCGACGGUCGCCAUUCAUACAACUACCGAUCUUUUGGGCCAGGUUCUGGUUGAUCUGGCAAAGCAUCCCGAGAUCAUUGAGGAACUUCGCAAGGAGGUUCGGACUGUGCUCCAAGAGGGUGGUUGGAAGAAGACGUCUCUCUACAACAUGAAGCUGCUUGACAGCGUUGUCAAGGAAAGUCAGCGCAUCAAGCCCCUGCAGCUUGCUAGCAUGCAACGUAUCGCUAUCAAGGAUGUGACUCUUUCUGACGGAACCUUCAUCCCCAAGGGAGCGAACACGGCCGUGUCUUCCCACUCUCAGUGGAAUGCCGCGGUGUACCCGGAGCCGGAAAAUUGGGACGCGUACCGUUUCCUCCGGAUGCGAGAGGAGCCCGGCAAGGAAAAUGUGUCGCAGCUAGUAAGCACUCUGCCGGAGCACCUCGGCUUCGGCCACGGCAAACAUGCUUGUCCCGGUCGCUUCUUCGCUGCCAACGAGAUCAAGAUCGCUCUCGUGCAUCUCCUACUCCAGUACGAGUGGAAACUUCCCGUCGGGGCCGAUACCUCGAUCACGGACUACGGCGUCAAUCCGUUGCUGAAUCCCGGCUUGGAAUUGGAGAUUCGGAGGCGGGCGGAUGAGGUUGACUUGACGUGCUGA